AUGCGUCCACUCCUCAAGCUUAAAUUUGUUCGUACGACAGUGAAAGCCAAGGGAGCUGAAAUCAACAUCUCCGGAGUCUCGAGCGACCAUAAAACCAUGGUGGCGUUUUACAGCAACGCGCGCGCCGAUGCCACAGCCGUUGACGAAGGACGUUUGACGUGGUCAGAGCUUGUCUUCCAGCGAUACAGUGAGCUGGCGGGGCCGGACGUCAAUAAGCUUGAAUCCGUGGUAAGAUGCAGUGUGAGCAACCCAGGAACAAUCAACACUCUCAAGAAAGCUUUUCAGGAUAUGGGCAAGCCUUACGAGACGGAUGGCGAGAAGAUCAUCUUUCAUGCAAAUGCACCUGCAGGCUCAGCAGAACAACAAGCCUUCGAUGCGAUCCUUCGCACUGACAAUGUUCGCGGCGUGAAUUGGAUGCUCGCGGACCACCACAAUGCUUUCGGCAAAAAGCAAAUUAUCAGUGUGACUGUUUGGCCUGAUGAAGCACUCGACACCUUUAUGCUGAUUUCGAUCGGGUAG